GACCAAUCAGCGUUCAGUCUGUGGUGAGGCGCUCUAGAGGCAGCGUCGUUAAAUGAGAUGGUACAGACUAGAGGGGUCGGUGUUCGGCUAUGAACUUCAGUAACUUCUACACAUCCACCAAUUAAGGUUUGUAGGCUCUUUGUGUAUGUGCCUGCAGUGCAUGUUCAGCCAUGCCUGUGACAUCUCAGCUGCUCAGGGGUUUGCCCCGCACCAAGGUCUUGGCCUCCAGUCUGUUACCAUGCCAGCAACACCAGUCCCGGUUAGGGCCCAUCACUCACCGACCUGCCUCAAGACGGCCCUCUCAGAGCCCCCAGCACUCAAGAAGUUACCAGACAACCUCAGUGCUCCGCAGCUACAUCCUCUCUCCCCCGCAGGUCAACUCUAUUCUAAAAGCCAACGAGUACAGCUUCAAGGUGCCAGAGUUUGAUGGGAAAAAUGUGUCAUCAGUGAUGGGUUUUGAGAGUAACCAGCUGCCAGCCAACGCUCCUAUAGAAGACCGCCGAAGUGCAGCCACAUGCCUGCAGACACGAGGAAUGUUGCUGGGUGUGUUUGAUGGCCACGCUGGCUGUGCCUGUGCACAGGCACUGAGUGAAAGGUUGUUUUACUACAUAGCAGUGUCUCUGCUGCCCCACGACACACUGUGUGAGCUCGAGGCAGCGGUGGAGGCCGGCAGAGCCCUCAGUCCCAUCCUGCAGUGGCACAAGCACCCCAACGACUAUUUCAGCAGGGAGGCUCAGACACUCUACUUCAACAGCCUCCGAACCUACUGGCAAGAGUUAAUAGAUCUCACCAGGUAAGGACUGGGAAACACAGCUGCACUGUGGCAAACAUGCA